CAGAUGAAGAGCGUCGCCCACCUGCCGUGGCGCGUCCUCGCGUACAAGGCCUUCAACACCUUCAUCGACGACGCCUUCGCGCUGAUGGUCGCGAUGCCGACCGCCCACCGCGUCGCCUGCCUGCGGGACGACCUCGUCUUCCUCGUCCUCCUCUACCAGCGCCGCCUCUACCCCGUGGACCGGAAGCGC